CGCCACGUCGUCCUAAUGUGCUGAUACAAUUUUUAUCUCGUUUUUAUUUGCACAGAGAGAGAUUUCAGUGACGUCACAUCUUUUCCUUUUGGUGUUCUUCUCGUCGCCAUGGACGAUCUCUCUCUAGAGAAAAUCGAGAUUUCGGGUCCAACAUUGGCGUCACUGAUUCAACGAGCUUCAUCUUCUCCCAGUGACGUCGAUGGCUUGAUCUUCGGCCAAAUCCACCGAAUCGUCUCUUCUAAUCUAUCCGACGAUUCUCCGGCGGAUAUCGCCUCGAGUUCCUCCUCAUCUGAUCAAAUUGUCGCCACCGUUACAAGCUUUAUCUGCUCUGGUAAAACUGUCUCCUUCUACGAUCCGCUUGGCCGAGUUGACUCGCGUCGAAUCGAUUCCCUCCGAGUCGACUCACCGGACCACCUAAUUGGGUGGUUCUCCGCCCGCAGGAAAACCGCUAACCGUCCAUCAAUGAGAGAGUUAGCCGUCACGUCGUCUCUCUCGUCUCAAUUUCACUUACCAAUCGAGGAUUUGCAAAACCCUAGAUCGAUGAACAUGGCUUCAUCCGUGUUCUUUCUUCUUACUAUGCCAUUGACGGAUCAGUGCAUUCACACGCACGAGUACCGUGCGUACCAGUUCCGAUCCUCGAAACAACGGCUCGAACCUAGAUCCGUUGGUAUAGUCAACAUUGGACCAGCGUUUCGAGGCCAUUACGGUUCGUUUAGUCCGAAAUCGGGAUUUCCACCGUUGAUCUGCGAGUUGAGUAGCUCAGCCAUGAGCGUGGAUUGCGAUGAGAGUUCCUUGAGUGCGAAGAAACAAUCAGCGAAAGAUCAGAAGGAGAUCGAUGCGUUAGCAGAGGGGUUUCAAGUUGGAGAGUUGAAACGUUUGGUUGGAGCUGAAGCUGCGAAUUACACAGGCGGGAUUGAAGAAAUGUAUGAGAGAAUGCUGGCGAAGAUCGAGAGCUUGGCUUCUGAUGUUGAGAAGAGCUCGGCUAGGGUAUUUCAACAGGUACAAAACCAUCUUCAAAAUUCGAUGUUAUUGCUAUUCAAGAAUUAAAGUGGUUUUGUUGUUCAUGUUAUUGAUUGUUGUCUAGCAAAAUGUUACUGAAUUGUACCAAUACAACAUCUUCAAUGGUUCUUCCAGGAAAAGCAUAAUAGGAAGUUGAGAAACCGAGUAGCCAGAAUCGGGAGAUGAGGCUUCUUUUGAAUUUCUUUAAGGUUUUUUAUCGAGUCUAUAUACUUGGAAUUCAAUCCAAGAGAACACUGGCUAGUAGUGGCUAGCGCAAUCGGAACUAUAUGCGGGAAACGAUUUGUAUUAUAGUUUAGCGAUUUCCUAGUUAAACCUUUCCUGGCUAGAUUGAUUUGUCACAAGAGAUCCCUUUUCCUUGUAUGGCUAGUUUUUGUUUGAAGAGAAACAAUCAAGAAUGGGAUUGAUUCAUGUCAAGAGUUUCUAUAAUUGGGCGUAUAAUAUAUGUUUAUGAAGUUUAAUACUAAGCUAAUUAGUUGCA